AUGAUGCUCUCGGCUUGGAUGGCGAGAUGUGGCAUCAAUGCUCGCGUCGUCGACAAACGUGGCACAAAGAUCUACUCAGGACAAGCGGAUGGUUUACAGCUCCGCAGUCUAGAGAUUUUUGACAGCUUUGGCUUCGCCGAUAGAGCUUGGAAGGAAGCCAAUCAUUUGAUAGAGAAUCCCGGCAAAGACGGUGUAAUACGCCGCUCAGAUGGGGUGCCCGAUACACCACCUGGUCUCUCUCGAUUCAAAGAGAUCGUACUCCACCAGGGACGGAUUGAAAGAUUCUUCCUUGACCACAUCAAAAAACACUCCAAGGAUACCCUACGUGUCGAGCGUGCGGUGUUACCCGAGUCGCUCCACAUUGCGGAAGACCGAGUGGACGAUCAUUCUCCAGACAAUUAUCCCAUCACAGUUCAGCUUCGAUAUCUUACCGAGGAUGAGGCCAAACCAGCUCAAAGCAAGGGCUCUGGAAUCAACGACGGUCUUUUCAGAAGUAAUCUGGCAGAUGAUGACACUGAAGACCUCAUCGCAAAGAGCCAGCAAAAGGAGGGUAGCACGGAGACGGUGAGAGCGAAAUACGUUCCUACAGAUCACAUCUGGGGUGUAUUGGACAUUAUUCCCAUUACUGACUUUCCAGACGUCCGUAAACGUUGCGCGAUACAUAGCGAGUCUUCAGGAUCGAUGAUGAUCAUUCCACGUGAGAACAAGCUUGCCAGGCUCUACAUACAGCUCACGGAGAUCAAGCCCGACGCCAGUGGUCGAGCGGAUAGAUCGAAGAUCACACCCGAUACUAUUCUCACCGCUGCGCAAAAGAUUAUUGCACCAUAUAAGCUGACAUACGAAUACUGCGAUUGGUGGACGGCGUACCAGAUCGGUCAGAGAGUCGGCAAGAACUUCGACCACAAGAGUCGCGUGUUCCUGGCUGGCGAUUCCGUACACACGCACUCACCGAAGGCUGGCCAAGGGAUGAAUGUCUCCAUGCAGGACGGCUACAACCUGGGCUGGAAACUGGGUUUGGUGGUGAAAGGUAUCGCUCAACCAUCCAUUUUGAAGACCUACCAGUCGGAGCGGAGGCGUAUUGCGCAGGAUCUGAUUGCAUUCGACCACAAAUUUUCGAGAUUAUUUUCCGGGCGGCCGGCGAAGGAUGUCAUGGAUGAGGAAGGAGUCAGUAUGGACGAGUUCAAGCAGGCAUUCCUCAAGGGUCAACUAUUCGCUACGGGCCUCUCGGUCGAUUAUGGAACGAGUAUGCUGGUUGGGAAACCAGGCAACGCAGCAGAUCAAGGCGACGGGACAGACGUAUCUUCAAAGUUCGAGAUCAUCGGCAAACAAGAGCUCGCCUCAGAGACGAAGUUGGGCAUGCGUUUCCCAAGCUACCAAGUCAUCAACCAAUCUGACGGUCGAGCCUGGGAGUUCCAGCAGAAGCUGAAAAGCGAUGGACGAUUCCGCAUCGUUGUAUUUGCCGGCAAUGUCGCAAAUGCACAACAGAGCGCCCGAUUGAAAGGCUUCUGCGAGAGUUUAUCGUCCUCAUCAUUACUGGCUCCCCAUCUCAUCAAGAACGUGGAAGUGCUCACAUUGCACUCUUCGAAGCGCAAGGAAGUAGAGCUUUUGCGCGACUUCCCAGAUAUCCUGCACCCAUUCGACUCGAAGUUUGGAUGGGAUUACGAUUCAGUGUAUGCCGAUGAUGCUAAUCCGUUCGAGGGCUUUGGCGAUGCAUAUAAGGGGUAUGGUGUCGACAGGGAGACAGGAUGUGUGGUCAAAGAUCGACGUUCGACGAUCAGAUCGUGCGUCGGGAGCGGUGGAGCGCAGUCUGAUGCAUCUUUUGUUCUCCACUGUCAGUUCUUGUUCUUCUCCAGCCUCGCCUACUUUGAAACUCGUGGUUCACCCCAUCUAUCAACCUCAAUGACUCAUCCUGCGCUGUGCAUUUUAGAUUCUAGAUUCAUCUCUCUAGGCUCAUCAUACAUCAUUGUUAUAGAUGACUGUUAUGAAGUUCUUUCGGUGAUUGUAAUAGCUUUCAUACGUUGGAUGGUCAGACCAUUACAUCCAUAUCGCAUUUUUGCCCAUCUCAAUCACUCCUCGGGUUUCACGAAGAAUUACGACACUUUUCAUAUACCCAUUUCUGUUUUCGCGGCGCACACACAUACGAUGGACGGGUCCACACCGCACAGUGGUUCACACUAUGGACGGCCACCUGCAUAUGACUAUGAUGACGGCUCCCCUCAGCAACUACAAGGAGGAUCAACAAUGCGCUUGUUGACAAACGUGGAUGACAGCCAAAGCUAUAUGCAAAGACCCUCAUUCGAGGACACUUCAAACAUGUCAAGUGCCAACAGCAAUACUGCCGAGUUGGGCGCGCGCAUGACCAUGUCUGAGGUGGGCAAGCAGAAGGCUGCCGAAUCGGACAUUCACGACUUCCUGCGCGAGGCCGGCGACGCGCUGAGUUCAACGUCCAGCACGGCUGCUGCACCUACGCAGAUGCCACGAAGGAAGAUGAUCAAUUCGGAGACCGCAAACUACGCGGCGCUCUCCACAACCGUACGAUCACAAGACCCAGACUUACAAUUACGUGAUCUCCGCAGACCUCCAUCGCCAGUAUCGCGCACAUACCACCCCACAUCAUCCUCAGUAUCCGGCUUAUCACGGACGCCGUCAGUGAUGGAUACUGCACCGAACAUGCCACCGCCAGAUGACGAUUAUGUUCCCUACCGGCGGCCAUUAUCACCCGACCGGCCAUACUCACCCACUCGCACAUCAGACGACUACUCGCGGCCACCAGCUUCAGUCAACUCAUACGAGCCACUAGACCUUCAUGGCAGCCCACGGCCAGGCAGUCCGCAGCGACCACUACCUCCAGCGCCCUUGUUCACCAAUGGUGCCAGACCGGGCUCUCGCGGAUCUGAGAACACCAUGGACAUGACCGACAUGACUUCAAUACCAAUUCACGACGACGACGACCCCUUCACCGACAUUGGCGACGACAGACCAGACCUGCGAUCGCGGGACUCCUACAUGAGCGACGAUACAUAUACGGACAUAUACACUGAAAUCGACGAGAAGGCAGAGCACUACGGGCCAGCUCCAGAUGGCGCACAGGAACGACGUGGAGCGCGAGAUGCAGUAAUGACGAAGAAGGAGGUUCGCUUGAUCAACGGUGAACUUAUUCUCGAGUGCAAGAUCCCGACCAUCCUCCACAGUUUCCUUCCGCGACGAGAUGACAUCGAGUUCACGCACAUGCGAUAUACGGCUGUCACAUGCGACCCAGAUGACUACAUUGAUCGUGGCUACAAAUUACGCCAAAAUAUCGGGAAUCAGCGGGAGACGGAGUUGUUCAUCGCUAUUACCAUGUACAACGAGAACGAGAUUGACUUCACCCGAACAAUGCACGGUGUCAUGCAGAACAUCAGCCAUUUCUGCUCGCGCAUGAAGUCAAGAACUUGGGGAAAGGACGGAUGGCAAAAGAUCGUUGUGUGCAUCAUCGCAGACGGUCGUGGCAAGGUCCAUCCCCGAACUCUAGAUGCCAUCGCUGCAAUGGGAUGCUUCCAAGAAGGUAUCGCGAAGAACCACGUGAACCAGAAGGAGGUCACAGCUCACGUAUACGAAUACACCACUCAAGUCUCCUUGGAUUCAGAUCUUAAGUUCAAGGGCGCGGAGAAGGGCAUUGUGCCAUGUCAAAUGAUCUUCUGCUUGAAGGAAAAGAACUCGAAGAAGCUGAACUCGCAUCGUUGGUUCUUCAACGCUUUCGGACGGGCGCUUAAUCCAAACGUCUGCAUUCUACUCGACGUGGGAACCAAACCUGGACCCAAAGCCCUGUACCACUUGUGGAAAGCAUUCGACACCGACUCUUCUGUCGCUGGAGCUGCUGGAGAAAUCAAGGCAGGUAAAGGCAAAGCCUGGCUUGGUCUUCUCAACCCGCUCGUCGCGUCGCAGAACUUCGAAUACAAGAUGUCCAAUAUCCUCGACAAGCCAUUGGAGUCUGUAUUUGGGUACAUUACUGUCUUGCCUGGUGCGCUUUCAGCAUACCGUUAUCACGCGUUGCAGAACGACCACACAGGCCACGGUCCCCUUAGCCAGUACUUUAAGGGAGAAACGCUCCAUGGUCAAGAUGCAGACGUUUUCACGGCAAACAUGUAUCUGGCUGAAGAUCGUAUCCUAUGUUGGGAGCUUGUAGCAAAGCGUAGCGAGCAAUGGGUUCUAAAAUACGUCAAAGCGGCAACUGGUGAGACUGAUGUGCCAGAUGCUGUACCUGAGUUCAUUUCCCAACGUCGACGAUGGCUGAACGGUGCUUUCUUCGCCGCUGUCUACUCAUUGCUCCAUUUCAAGCAAGUAUGGGCAACUGACCAUACCAUCGGGCGCAAGAUCCUCCUCCACAUCGAAUUCGUGUACCAGUUCGUGCAACUUCUGUUCACGUUCUUUUCGCUUGCCAACUUCUACCUGACGUUCUACUUCGUUGCUGGCUCACUGUCAGACCCGGAACUCGAUCCCUUCGGCCACAACAUCGGAAAAUACAUCUUCUACAUCCUACGUUACACAUGCACCUUGCUCAUCUGCAUGCAAUUUAUCCUGUCUAUGGGUAACCGACCCCAAGGAGCCAAGAAGAUGUUCUUUUGGAGUAUGGUCAUGUACGGUAUCAUCAUGGCGUACACUACCUUCGCCUCCUUCUACAUCGUCAUCGUCCAACUCAAAGAUCCAAAAGCACCAAAGACAAUAGGGGCUAAUGUCUUCACCAACCUUAUCGUCUCUAUGGGGACGACGGUUGGUCUCUACUUCCUCAUGUCCUUCAUGUACCUGGAUCCUUGGCACAUGUUCACGUCCAGUGCGCAAUACUUCGCUCUUCUCCCGUCCUACAUCGCCACUCUCCAAGUGUACGCCUUCUGCAAUACACACGACAUCACCUGGGGAACUAAGGGUGAUAACGUAGCGAAGACAGAUCUAGGAGACGCAAAGGGAAAGAACAAGGAUGUUGUCGAACUCGAAAUGCCAUCAGAGCAAUUGGAUAUCGACAGUGGUUACGACGAAGCCCUACGGAAUCUUCGUGAUCGUGUCGAAGUACCUGAGCCUCCGAUCUCCGAGUCGCAACAACAGGAAGACUACUACCGUGCUGUCCGAACCUACAUGGUUGUCAUCUGGCUUAUCUCAAACGCUAUCUUCGCCAUGGCUAUCAGUGAAGCAUACUCGGAUCGCAAAGUGACAAACAAUUUCUACUUGACAUUCAUUCUCUGGGCUGUCGCUGGCCUUGCUUUCUUCCGCGCCAUUGGCUCCACGACUUUCCUCAUCAUCAACUCCAUCCAAGCGAUCAUGGAAACAAAGCUCAAAUGGCAAGACAAGAUUGACGACAAGAAGAGCAAUAGAACUGUUCUUGGUGGCGGCAGGAAGUAUGGUGGGAAGAAGUGGUGGAAGUUCGGAUUUGGCGGCGGUGUGUCAUCGAGUUGGUUCUCUGGCAGUACAGUAUCCAGUAAGCUUAGCAGUCUGGCGCCUAGCAAUUGGGGUGGAAGCAGUGUUGGGAGAUAA